AUGGGUGUACUUCUGUUGAACUUCACAAUAUGUCGACUUUUGAACCGAGGUAUCCCCAAAGAUGGAUUGAAAUCGACCGAGGAUGAAUACACGCAACAGUGGCAGAGCCAUGAUGAUGAGCGUUGGAUAUUUCUGAACGGGAUAUGUGUUGGAAAAAACUGGUUACAAAACAAUGUUGAUCGGCUUUCACGAACUUUCCACCGUCCGAUUGUCGGCGUCCACAACAAAACCUCUGGUGUCGUGUUUGAUAUAAUUCAGUGUCUCAUUCAGCGAUCCUUCCUUUUCGCGACGCCGGAUGUCCGAGAAUGCUACGUCCUGGUAAAAAAGGCUCUUUACCAACCAGGUGUCAAAAGGGUAGUUCUGAUUCUCCACUCCCAAGGUGGCAUCGAGGGAGGCAUGAUUGUGGAUUGGCUGCUCAACGAGGUACCCCAAGACCUUCUGCAGUAUCUCGAGAUCUACACGUUUGGAAUUAUUGCGAACCACUUCAACAAUCCAUACCGUGACGUUUUCGUGCACACCAAACAGUCUCGCAUGAUGCAGAACGGUGAACCCACCAGGAGAAGACACAACAGAGCCAUUUCUCACAUCGAGCACUACGCCAAUAGCAAUGACUUUGCGUGCAGGUUCGGAGUUCUUCACUUUACCAAGCAACUACCCACGCAUCCUCUCCAAAACAGGUUCUUGGGGAAAGUGUUCAUCAACCCAAGACCUGGGCAUCAGCUUAAUCAACAUUAUCUCGAUUCAAUGUUUCCCCUUGAUCCCACCAAUCGCUUUGCACGCGAUCCUCAACCUGGGGACUUCAUGGACCUCAAAGUGUUCAUUGAGGGAGAAAGUCCUCAGGGGAAGCCUCUGCAACACGACGAAAAUUAUAUGGUGUCGGCGAUAUCGAAGACCAAGGGGGCCUUGCGGAUCUCCACAGGAGAGACAGGUGACGAGACCGCAAUAUCCAAUUUGAGUCCGGUACUUCCGUCGACGGAUGGUGAACGGUGGAAAGGCAACUCCGACAUAUCUAGCCCGCCGCCAUUGUGCCAGCUGAAAACUCAGGACGUAAGUAGAUUGUGGCAAUAUCGAAACGGCGGUCGUCCAGUGUAA